UCUUGCAUCAAUAAUUAGUGAGAGAAAAAGCAAGAGAAGCCGGUUUUUAAUUGUGAUUUAAUUUUAAACACCUUUCAACCUCUAAUUUACCUCUCAUGGCUCUCUUCGACAUUGAUCAUCCAUUGGCCUUCACAUUCGGCAUCUCAGGGAAUGUUGUUUCAAUUUUGCUUUUCCUGGCUCCAGUGCCAACAUUCAGGAAAAUUUACGAGGCGAAAUCAACGAUGGGAUUCGAUCCACUACCUUAUGCAACGGCCCUGAUGUCGUCGAUGUUGUGGCUGUAUUAUGCAAUGCUAACACCAGACGCUGUGCUUAUCAUCACCAUCAAUCUCUUUGGAUCCAUUCUUGAGACUGCCUACCUCAUAGUCUUCAACAUCUAUGCUAACAAGAAAGCUAGGGCUCAGGCCGCCAAGAUUCUGGGGGCGAUGAUGGGGCUCCUUUUCUUGAUAUUUGCGGUCACAUUCUUCGUGUUCGAGGGCCAUACUCGAGCUAAGGUGGUUGGAUGGGUUUGUGUCGCCCUUUCCAUCUGUGUUUUUGCAUCUCCCUUGAUAAUCAUUGCUAAAGUUGUCAAGACGCGAAGCGUGGAGUACAUGCCUUUUCUCUUGUCAUUUUUCUUGACAUUGAAUGCAGUUAUGUGGUUCGGAUACGGUUUGUGCAAAAAGGAUUAUUAUGUGGCGCUUCCGAAUGUGGGGGGAUUUUGCUUGAGUAUGAUACAAAUGUUGGUGUAUCUGAUUUACCGGAACAAGACGCCUCUGAAAAAAGAUAUAGAAAAGAACAUCAAUGUAGUGAAUAUUAAGGUUGUCGGAACACCUGAUGUCCAAGGCACCGCUGCUCCUGCCCAAAUAACUGUCCAAGCGCCUCUCAAUGCUGUUGUUUGACCAGCUUCUUAAUUUUGUUCUUCUAUCAACCAGUACUUCAAUAAUUCUUGUUUACAACAUUUGCUGCAAUUUAUUCAUUCUACAGGGAGUAAUCUUUUACUAGUUUGCGCAAAUUUAAUUAAUAAUUGUAUUAGUAUAUGAUUGAUGAUGUGAGGUUUUGGUUGCUAAAUUUAGAGACCCACAAUCAUUGUAGUGUUUUGUUAGAGGCGGCGCCGUCACCGCCGCAAAAGGCCAGCUAGAGGUCAUAGUAACUAAUAAGGUCUCAAAUGAAUAAAUAGCCAGUUUGUUUUGGUU